AUGGCCGAAGAACAUCUCCCAAGUACUGAUCUCAUCACUCUCACCAGACAUAUUCUGGCCGAGCAGAAUCGCCUUGGGUCGCGUGCUACAGGCGAUUUGACUAUGCUCCUGAACGCCAUCCAGCUGACCUCCAAGUUUAUUGCCACCAACGUCCGCAAAGCGCGUCUCAUCAAUCUCGUUGGUAUGGCUGGCGAAACGAACGUACAAGGCGAAGAGCAAAAGAAGCUCGAUGUUCUCUCCAAUGAUAUCAUGGUCAACGCGCUCCGUGCGUCUGGAAAGACGGCCGUAUUGGUCUCGGAAGAACUCGAGGAGGCGGUUAUCAUCGAACCGCGCCACAAGGGCAAGUACUGCGUCGUUUUCGAUCCUUUGGACGGAAGCAGUAAUAUCGACGCUGGUGUCAACAUCGGGACCAUUUUCGGAAUCUAUCAGAUUGAGGAAGGAUCUGAGGGCACAAUCAAGGAUGUCUUGCGCCCGGGAAGUCAUAUGGUUGCGGCAGGGUACACAAUGUACGGCUCCUCUGCAAACUUGGUUCUCUCAACCGGAAAUGGUGUCAAUGGCUUUACACUCGACAAUGGGCUUGGUGAAUUCAUCCUCACCCACCCUGACAUCAAGAUCCCAGAGCGUGGCAAAAUAUAUUCGUUCAACGAGGGCAAUUCGAUGUACUUCCACCAACCUGUCAUCGACUACCUUAACGGUAUCAAAUACCCGAGCCAAGAGCACGGCAAAAAGUCGCCCUACUCGGCCCGUUAUAUUGGUUCUAUGGUCGCCGAUGUUCACCGUACACUGCUGUAUGGUGGUAUCUUUGGUUAUCCAGAUGACAAGAAGAGCAAGAAUGGUAAGCUGAGGAUGCUGUACGAGGCAUUCCCGAUGGCCUAUCUUACCGAGCAGGCUGGUGGUAUGGCCACCACUGGUACCAAACGAAUUCUCGAUAUUCACCCCACAGAGAUUCAUGCGCGCUGCCCGGUGUUCCUUGGGUCGAAAGAAGACGUCAAGGACCUGAUAAAGUGUUAUGAAGCCCAUGCAAAGAAGACCGAGUCGACAUAG